AUGGACGGGCUAGACGGGCUCUCAAUGCGCUGCAACUUGCAAGGCGAGACAAUCAAGACCAGGCGGGAACUGAAUGAGUUCAAUCGGACAUGUCACGAUCUGAUAUACGACACCACCAGUGAAGCGAAGUCAAGGGACAAGCAUACCCUUACAACAGAGCAACGCACGCACUGA